AGUUUUUCCCAUAAUGAGACUCUUUAAAGCCGCUGCUCCAUCCAGCAUAUUAAUCUAGUCGCAGGGAUCUGGACUUUGGAAAUACGCAGUACUUUUGACACGAGUGGCGCGGCUGCAUUUCGGCGUUUCCAUCCUUUUUGUGGACUUACUUUCGCUUUGCUCGCAAACCUUAAGGAAACAUCAUGCUGCUCCUCUUACUGGGAAUCGUCGUCUUGCAUGUGGCAGCACUGGUUCUGCUCUUCGUGUCAACUAUAGUCAGUGCAUGGGUUGGUAACCCCAACAGCAGUUCGGACCUCUGGACAAACUGCACCACAUUGAAUGGAAUCUCCACAUGUAACCCUGCUGACACUGGAGUUUGGAUCCAGGCAGUCCAAGCUCUCAUGAUCCUGUCAAUCAUCUUCAGCUUCCUGUCUCUCUUCCUGUUCUUCUGCCAGCUCUUUACUCUCCAGAAGGGCGGACGCUUCUUCCUCACUGGAGCGUUCCAGAUCUUUGCUAGUCUUUUCGUUAUGAGUGGAGCUAUCAUUUAUACUGUCAUGAACUUUGAAUGGGUCCAUCAGUCAGAGUUCUAUGGCUUUUCCUACAUCCUGGCCUGGGUAGCCUUCCCUCUGGCCUUCAUAAGCGGCUUAAUCUACGUCGUCUUGAGAAAACGAGAGUGAGGGGGCACCUCUCUCUAGUGGCCAUCACCUGGAAAUACAGCUAUGAAGCCAAAGUAUCACACUGCACCCACAAAGAAGUGAAAUCACGUAGUAUCUUCACCCAGGGGGUCAGUCAAAACCAACCCCGCUGCCACCCCGAAAAGACCUAUUCAAUACUGUCAUCAUCUGAAGAUGUGUAUAUAGUAUCUUUGGUUUAAAACCUAUUUAUAACACUUUUUACAUACAUGUACAUAGUAUUUUAUGUUUGCUCUGUUGACAAAGAACCUCUGAGAGCUUUUCUUUUAGCUAAUUAAGUGCCUAGAGUGUGUGUUUGUCGCAGAAAUGUGUGCGUUUGUGUCAAUUUUUCUUUCCUUACAAGGCCAAAAAAUACUUAUAAAAAGGUUUUCGAUGUAUUUUAACCAAAGUGCACGUAUUAAAUUAUAUGGACAAUGAAAGGAAGCGUUUUCAGUGAAGCUGCAUUGAGAAUUUAGAGAGGAAGUAACUUAAACACCGUCAUUAGAUCGGCAGUUUUGAAAGCUUUUUUUUGUGUUUUGUUUUAUAGUUUUUCUUUGUUUUCAAACAAAAAAAUGGUGCUAUGUAUUUACCAUUCCUUUAACUAAUAGCCAUUUAGACUUUAUUUAGAAGGACGUUACAUGACUGAACGCCAAAAUCUGAACGCCAUUGAAUAUUUUGUGCUUGUGCCUGUAACACAAUGCUGUAUAUACAGUACUCACCAAAAAAAAGGGUCAUUUUAUAAUAAAACAAACAAAAUGUGUUCUUAAUAACGGGGUUAUUAGUUUAGAUUUGGGAGAUUGCGAUGGAGGAACUGUAGUAAAAACCGAAACUAGGAAUUUUUGAUUUUAGUUAAGUAACUUUUAAGAGCAGUAUUAGGUUUUGAGAUUUAAUAAAUAUCACUUAUAUCAUCCAAAUACAAUUCAGAUGUAUAAUGUUUGAUGGAUUUGGUCACUCGUUAAGUUUUGAUAUAAUAGGGGCAUUUAAUUAAACAGUUGAGGUGAACACCCUUCAUAUUCAAAUCAGACAAGUAUAUAAAUAUAAAACAAACGUGAAAUAAAGGUAUAGGUAAAGUAUCAAAAUGACAGCUUAAAAUCUUCUAUAUACACAAAUAUAUCCAGAAAAACAUAUUUUAAAACAUCCAAGUGGCAGUUUUGUUGUGUAAAAAUGUACUGACCACUGAUAACAUGAUGGUGGACACAUCAUAACACCUGCAUGCAUGGAAAGACCUUUCAGUAUUUGAAAUAUAACAUGCUGCGAUGUCUACCGUUUCUGAGAUGCUCCGUUUCUACUCACAUAACUCACAGUAAUUCUCAGUGUACUGUAAUAGCAUGUGAUUGUAUUAAAAGAGAAACGUAUUACUUACAAGUAAAGGCCCUAUUCUGAGGACCAUGUACUAGAUUGCUUCUCCUGCAACUCCAAAACAAUAAAUGAUGUUUUGUUAUGAUGAACUGAUCAUGUUGCCUGUUUUCAUAGUUGUAAUGGCCUGGUGAAUGUCUAACUAAAUCCCCUUCUGUGACUGAACAAAUAACUUGUAUGAACUGCAGAACAAUUCAUUUUACCUGCAAUUAAACAGUUUAUGAUACUUUAUCUUUCUUGUGUGUAAAGGGAUUUCUGUAUGUAGCAGUUAAUGAUAAUCCCCUUAAAAUAUCAAUAUAUAUAAAUUUAUAAUCAAUAUGUGGUCUGUUCUGACAUGGGACCAGCACUGGAAAAUGUUGCAUGUGCUCAAUUCCCUACAUUAUAAUACUUUAGAUUGCAGUCGUCACUUCACAACGUAAGGCUAAAACCUGAAAUAACAACCGAAUCGUGUUGUAUUCGUUUGAUCUUGCUAAACAAUUGUAGACAGUGAAAUAUUUGAAUUUAAUUGAAUGUGGUGGUGCUCCUUCUGGAAACAGCUGUACUGUAGCCGUGUCUGAAGGAGUGUGAGCUCUGAUGAAGACUGUUCAUUCACGAGAACCCAACUCUGUGCCUCUGACUCGCCUCUUUUAUGAAAGCUUGUGUUUGUGUGUUUAUUAAAAGCUAUUAAAAAGAAAUACUGCUUGACACGAAA